UUAAAUUAGUAAUUUGUUUAUUUAUACUUGGUUAUAUGAAUUCUUUCGAUACGCUCAUGGGACAUAAAUCCUUGUCCGAAUAUAACAAGAAAAGAAAACCAUAUCCAAAUAGGAUCUUAUAACCCUGUAAAGCUCCAGGAGUUCAAAUCCCAACAGGAUUCAACUCUACGUAGAUUGCUCAUUAACUUUGCAUGGCUAUAUAAGAGCAAGCUUCAAACGAUUGCCUUCGUUCAACUUCAAGUUUGCCAAAGCCAACUCUCUCCCAGACCACUAUCAUGGCUUCCUGCAAACUUCCUUUUUCUUUGAUUCUCUGCUCUUUCUUCUUUUUUGUUCUUCCUCAUGCAUCCAAUGCUCAUCUUCUCAAAACUUGUGAAUUUGAGGCGAUAUAUAAUCUUGGGGAUUCAAUAUCAGACACUGGAAAUUUGAUCCAAGAAGACCCUUCUUCUGUGUUUGGCAAGUUUCCCUACGGCCAAAACUUGAACAGGAAUGCCACAGGUAGAUGCUCCAAUGGAUUGCUGAUGAUUGAUUUCAUUGCGAAAUCAGCUGGUAUUCCCCUUCUCAAUGCAUAUCUGAAUGUAAGUUCUCCCAAGAGUUAUGGGGUGAAUUUUGCAGUAGCUGGCUCUACUGCUUUGCCUGUGGAAUUUCUUGCAGAAAACGGAGUCGCUGCACCUGUUACUAAUAGUUCUCUUACCAUACAACUUGGCUGGAUGGAUACCCAUUUCAACACAACUUGCUACAACUCCAAAGAUUGUACUGAGAAACAUAAAAAAUCUCUCUUCAUGGUUGGGGAGAUUGGAGGCAAUGAUUAUAACUAUGCAUUAUUUCAAGGCAAGACCAUUGAUGAGAUGAAGUCCAUGGUACCGAAUGUAGUUAAAGCCAUAAAAGAUGCUAUCAAGAGAGUCAUUAGUUUUGGUGCUACUCGAGUUAUUGUCCCUGGAAAUUUUCCUAUUGGUUGCAUACCCAUAUAUCUCACAGGAUUUCACAGCAAUGAUUCUGAUGCAUAUGAUGAAUUCCAUUGCCUCAAAGGACUGAACAACUUUUCAAUGUAUCACAAUGAACAACUCCAACAAGCAAUUCAAGAAUUACAACAAGAGCAUCCACAUGUGAUUAUAGUAUAUGGUGAUUACUACAAUGCUUACAAGUGGGUUCUUCAAAAGGCUUCAUUGCUAGGAUUUGAUUCCAAAUCAUUGCAAAAGGCCUGUUGUGGGAGCGGAGGUGAUUAUGACUUCAGUCUUGUAAGAUUUUGUGGAGCUCCUGACGUCCCAGUUUGUCCUAAACCUCGAGAACGUAUGAGUUGGGAUGGAGUACAUUCCACGCAAAAGGCCUAUUUCUUCAUGGCACGAUGGCUGAUCCGCAACAUCUUCCAAAAGCUUCGAUGCUUUGCUUGA